AUGAUUCAAUUCUCCCCGAACUGCACGUUACCUCCUACUGCGGGGAGGUUCGUGGCAGCUCCUGAUAUCCGGGGAACCCUAGACAUAGUUUGGAGUUGUGGCUCGAUUCUCAUUCUCUCCUGCUGGUCCAUCUUUCAUCCGAAUAUUCCUCCUCAGUUCAAGUCCACACAGAAAGGCUGGCGCAAUACUCGGCGAAACUUAUUCCUCUUUUUUCAAAAGCUGAGAUGGGUGAUUACUAUCUUAGUGGCUCCAGAGAUGAUCAUGACCAAGGCAAUGCUAGACUUGACAUCUGCCAAGGCGCUCCAAGUGCCCUUGAAGGAACUCGCAGAAAAAGAUGGAGUUGAUUGGAGUAUUUCACAUACAUUUUUCGCCAAUAUGGGAGGCUUUCAAAUCUGCUUUCCCCAGGACGACGAGCCAAACAGAAACGACCCAGAGACCAGCAUCUUGUCCCAGCCCGAUGCCCAGUCUGGCCAUCCACCACGAGGGAAAGAAGAACUUACAAAGCCACUGCCGGAUAAUGCGGGAGCAAAUAUAGUGGGUGAUAACAAAGCAACCAGCCGGGGUAUCAGUCAUAUAUCAACCGACUCAACCGACAAGGCCGACUCCGUAAACAGCAAAGCCAAAAAACCGAACCCUGGUGACCUUAGCAACACUCGGAGCGAUAUCGCCGGAGAAUCCAGCGUUUUAAUCGCUGGUUUGGGGAGAUGA